AUGGCAAGAUCGAUUGCGUUCCACUUCCACCAUCUCACUGCCUUGAAAGCCUUAACUGUCUUAUCUGUGAUUGCAGUUCUUGUUCCAAAUCGUGUUCAAGGGCGACUUCAUUGGCGUGACUGUCCUUCGUUUUCUUGUGGCCCUCUCCGGGACGUAUCAUCUCCAUUCCGUCAGGCAAGUGAUCCACCCUGGUGUGGUUUUCAGUCUUACGAGCUAGUUUGCAGUGCUACCAAGGCUACAAUUCGCAUCAACAAUGCAACAUACCAUGUGUCUCGCAUCAACCUCAGUCACAAUGGUAUCGUUUCUUACUUCUGGGUUGUUGACGCCGUCUUGGAUUUACCCAGCCAGUGCCCUCUUCCUCAGUGGAAUCGGCCUUUUUAUGAACACAAAUAUGGUCCAGAUACCUCACACCCUGAAGGUGAAGUAGUGCUUCUUGGACACAGUUUCGCUAGCUUCGUUAGAUGUUCUCAGGAAGUAGGGAACAAUGGUAUGUACAUGCCCGUCACUUGCAUGAGCACCAGCUAUUCGUUUGUCUAUGUGUUAACUGGCAUUGACUCUGGUGCUGUUGGGAGCCUCGAACCUUCUUGUGGAUAUUUGGCAAUGACUCCUUUGGGUACUUGGGAUACUCCACAACUAGCGAAUGCAAGUUAUGCAGAUACCAUAGAAUCCAUGAGAAAUGGAUUCACUGUUCGAUUUCCUGUGCAGGAAGGCAUCACUGAAUGCCUAACGGAGUCGAUACGUGAGCUUGGUGAAGUAAAAACUGUUAAAGAUUUGUUUUUGUUCCUUGCUACUGCGGAUCUCUAUUUCGGGGCAUGCGCGAUCGAUGCUCUUCUAGUUCUAGUACUACACAAGAAUUUUCGACCCUCCAAUGUAACAGCCGGUAUCAUGUGGCUCGUGAAGUGGAUUGCUGUAAUAUGCAGAUUCAUGUUGGCGCCCCUGGCUGUAUUGAUCUUCCUCACCCACAAAUACUGGAAAACAAGGAUAACAAUUGAUGCAGUAGAGAAGUUCCUCCGAAUGCAGCAAAUGGUCGGUCCGAUGAGGUAUGCUUACACCGACAUCACCGCAGUCACAAGCCAUUUCAGAGAUAAGCUGGGUCAGGGAGGCUAUGGCUCCGUGUUUAAGGGUGUGCUAUUGCCAGGCAAUGUUCAUGUCGCAGUCAAGAUGCUUGAGGGCAAUGCCAGCUGCAAUGGAGAAGAUUUCAUCAGUGAAGUUUCAACCAUUGGCAGGAUCCACCACAUCAAUGUGGUGCGUCUCAUGGGUUUCUGCUCAGAGGAGAUGAGGAGGGCGCUUGUGUAUGAGUAUAUGCCUCGAGGUUCUCUUGACAAGGGGAUUGACUACCUGCAUCAGGGGUGCGAGAUGCAGAUUCUCCACUUUGACAUCAAGCCCCACAACAUCCUUCUUGAUAGCAAUUUCAUCCCAAAAGUUGCUGAUUUCGGGCUCGCCAAACUAUACCCAAGGGACAACAGCUUUUUGCCAUCGAGAGCACUACGGGGAACUAUUGGGUACAUAGCUCCCGAGAUGAUAUCUAGGAGCUUUGGUGUCAUAUCAAGCAAGUCCGAUGUUUACAGCUUUGGGAUGCUACUGCUGGAGAUGGCUGGAGGAAGAAGGAACGCUGAUCCGAACGCGGCGAACUCAAGCCAAGCGUACUACCCGUCGUGGGUGUAUGACCGACUAAUUCAACAAGAAAAUAUUGGUGAGAUAUCUGCUCAUGUUGAUACUGAGAUGCAUGAGCUGGAGAGGAAGUUGUGUAUUAUUGGACUUUGGUGCAUUCAGAUGAAGUGUCAUGACAGGCCAACGAUGAGUGAGGUUAUAGAGAUGCUCGAAGGCGGCGGGGAUACAUUGCAGAUGCCUUCUAGGCCAUUCUUCUGUGAUGAUGGGCAUGCCCAUACCAAGAAUACUUACCACUUGUCGUCCGAGUUGACUGAAAUCUCUCAGGAGGAUAUGAGUGAAAAUAUUGGUGUGUAA